ACUUUGUUCUUCUUUUCUAUUUUGUGCUGGUAGUUGGGCUAAAAUUGCAAAAAGAUUGCCAAAUAGAACAGACAAUGAAAUCAAAAACUUGUGGAACUCCCGCUUGAAGAAACGGGUGAUGGAGAAUUUAACUGUUGAUGAUCAUGAAACCAAGCAGGAUGCUGAUGAUCAUGAAGCCAAGCAGGAGAUGAAAUCAGUUGAACAACAUAAUACCUUAUCUCCGGAUGCAGAACUGUAUUCACUUGAUGAUACUUUACCUCCUGUGUUGCGCUCACCAAAACUGCAGGACUUCCCAGUUGGAGCUGACCCAAAUAGCUUUGCAGUACAGAAAACAAAUGACAUUAUCAAAGAGGAAAAUUCAGGUCUACUUGAGAUAUUUUGGGAUGAACUAGUCCAAGAUUUGUGGGAGCAGUCAGUGGAGGAUUCUCAGACGACCUUAAUCAAUGAAAAUUUCAUGACAGCAACUUCUCAGUUAUGGCUCUAUGAGUCCACAUUCUUGUGUGAUUCCAACUAUGCUCUGGAUCCCAUUGAUGAUUUUUGGCUCAGUUCAUCAAUUGAGGGCAAAAGUACUCUUUGAUAUUCCUGCUCUAUCAUGCUUGCUUAGCAUAUAAUCUCGAUAUAUGUAUUCAUACCCUCUUAAUUUGUACCUAUCAGCUUUCUUUCGAAAUUUAUCAUACUCAUAAAUAAAAUAUAAUUAGUAUG